ACCAGUAACUCUUGUGUAUCAUCCUUACACGCUCCCUCAGACAUGCUCUACAAGGUGUGUUUGGUCUUGGUUGUGGUGGGUGUGGCUAUGGCUGACCCAGGUGACUACGGACCUGUCUACAAGUCGGAGCCGCUGCCCUAUAACUUCGACUACAGUGUACAAGACAGCUACAAGGGCACCAACUUCGGUCAACACGAGAAUUCCGACGGUAAAUCUGUAUACGGAUCCUACUACGUCGACCUUCCCGACGGUCGCAAACAAAGGGUGGACUACACAGCUGACCCUUACAGAGGUUACGUUGCCAAGGUCAGCUACGCUGGCAAGGCUCAUCACCCUCAGCACUACGGACCCGCCAUCACCUUCUUCAACAAGGGCUACGGACACGGAGGUUACCAUUGAGAACUAUGAUAUCGAACCAGGUCAAAUAUUUUAUAGGGUA